UUGAACAUCAAUGUGAUUACCCCUACGUCUGUCAAACCUGGGUCCAAGCUCCCUGUCGUCGCUUACAUCUUCUUUGGUGCAUUUGGCUUCGGUGGAGCCUUCGAUGUUGAUGGGCGGAACAUGGUGAAACGAUCUGCAGAGUUGGGCGAGCCCGUCAUCUUCGUAUCGAUGAGCUAUCGGUCAGGCCCCGAGUCUCAAUUUAAUUUGCUUACAGCACUCGGCUGGCUCGGAGGAAAGGAGGUCAAGGACGCGAAUGUCGGAAAUCUCGGCCUUCAGGAUCAGCGUGAGGCCCUUCGCUGGAUCCAGCGUUACAUCACCCAGUUUGGCGGCGAUCCCACGAAGGUCACCUUGCUGGGCCUCAGCUCCGGCGGCGUUUCGGCGGCGUUGCAUAUCGUGUACAACGACGGGAACACCGAAGGGCUCUUCCAUGCUCUGUGGGCCGAAUCGGGCGCCAUCCAACCCGUCGGUUGGCUCGAUGGCCCGCGUCCGCAAGCGGCAUACGACACCUACGUGGCGUCGGUGGGGUGUUCGGACGCGAACGAUACCCUGACAUGUCUCAGGCAGGCACCCGCGGAUGCGGUGACCAACGUCAGCGCCGUCGCCUCCGUGUGGAGCCCACGCGCGGACGGGAACGUCAUCUCGGACCUUCCACAGACGCUACUCAUGGGAGGGCAUGUUGCGAAGAUUCCCAUCGUCGCUGGGAACGCCGAGGAUGAAGGGACGCUCUUCGCUCUCAACCUACCCAACAUCACCAUCGAUACGGAGUUCGUUGGGUACGCCAGAGCCGUGUACUUUCCAAACAUCAGCUCCGCCGACGCCGAGACGCUGGUGCAAAUGUAUCCGAACGACCCGGCGCAGGGUGCGCCGUAUGGCACCGGAGACGACUUCCAGUACACGCAGAUGCACAAGCGCGUCGCGUCGUUCGAGGGGGACACGGGCGUCGACGCCGUCCGUCGCCUCUUCACGCAGCAGAUGAGCGCACACAGCAACGUUUGGGCGUACUACUACAGGCGGGAAUACGUGCCCGGCUUGGGAUCGACGCACGCGUCGGAGGUCCCGGACAUGUACGGGGGCGGAAACCUGCAGGACAUCUUCAUCCACUUUGCGAACACGCUCGACCCGAACGGCGCCGCGAACGUCACGCAGAACUGGCCGAUGUACAACGCGAGCAACCCGGUGCUCUUGGAGUUCUCCGGAAACACGACGCUCUCGCUGACGAACGACACGUACCGCGAGGCGCCGAUAGAGUUCCUCAUUGAGAUGGGGCAGAAGAUGCCGUGGCCCGUUUAG